AUGCGUGACUUCGCCAGCUUCCUCCAAGGGAAGCCAACGCUCCCAUCGCUUUGGACCGGCAACAUCAACUUCGCCAAGCUCAACCCUAUCCCGCACCGGUACCGACCCAGCCGGGCAAAGAGGAACCAGAAGAAGCGCGACACCUACAACGGUGCCGAGGAUGUCACCUCACUUCAGAGAUCGUUCAACCCUCUCGUCACAUUACGGAAACUGCAAAAUCACAAGUGGAGGCUCCUCGACCUGCAGUACACCAUCCUGAUCGCCCUGAUCAUCUUCUCACUUUGCAUCACGCCCUCGGCCCCUCUAAUCAAGACCCUCGCCGUCGCCGGUGGUCUCCUGCUCCUGACCGUUCCUGCCACGAGCCAGUUCUUCUUCCCCGGGCUGAGUAUAUGGACGUAUCUCAUCUAUUUCUUUUGUAGCCGCUUCAUUGAUGCGAAAUAUCGCCCUCACAUCUGGGUUCGCGUUUUGCCCGCUCUCGAGAAUGUCCUUUACGGCGCCAACCUCUCUAAUAUCUUGUCCGCUCACACCCACCCCGUUCUCGACAUCCUCGCUUGGAUCCCGUACGGCUUAGGUCAUUUCGGCGCCCCCUUUAUCUGCGCCGGCUUCCUGUUCUUCUUCGCUGCCCCCAAGACCGUCCCCGUCUUCGCCAAGUGCUUCGGAUGGCUCAACGUUCUCGGCGUCACAAUCCAGCUUGUCUUCCCCUGCACUCCCCCGUGGUACGAGAACGAGCAUGGCCUGGCGCCCGCCGCCUACGGCAUGCAAGGAUCCCCCGCCGGCCUGGCCCGCAUCGACGCCAUCCUCGGAAUCGACAUGUACACGACGAGCUUCACGACGGCCCCCGUACCCUUUGGUGCCUUCCCCUCGCUGCACGCCGCCGACGCCGUCAUGGAGGCUCUCAUUCUGAGCUACUGCUUCCCCCGUUUCCGCCCCCUGUUCAUGAUUUAUGUCGGAUGGAUCUGGUGGGCGACGAUGUACCUCAACCACCACUACGCAGUCGACCUGGUUGGCGGUUCCCUUCUUUCUGCCGGCAUAUUCUACUUCGCCAAGGCCCGGUACCUGCCUCAACAGCAGGCCGACAAGAAGACUCGUUGGGAGUAUGACUACGUUGAGAUUGGCGAGCAAACCAAGACGUUCGACGAGGAGUACGGACGGAUGUACAACAUGGGCUACCUCCGGCGACGUGGAAGCUCAUCGAGCGACGAGUGGGCCGUUGGCAGCAGUUCCAGUUACAGCGCAUCAAGCCGGGGCAGCGGAAGCUUGAGUCCCGCGCUAUCUGAAGAAUCCGGCCGCAGCAUCUUCAGCAUCGAGAUCCGACCCGACCACGAACGAUACGAAAUCCCUCAGCUUACCGAAGUGGCCAUACGGUAG